UCAUUUUCGGCAUCAUACGUGUAUUUUUCCGGUCCUUGUCCUUUCCUUUCUUUCUCAGCUUUAGUUAGGCAUUCAGAAAUUACGCACGUUUAUUGAGAAGUGCUGACGAUUAUUAAAAAUGUUCAGUUCACUCAAAAUAGUAUUAAUAUUAGGUGUAAUUUAUUUGUGUAAGGCUGCCGAGGAAGAUGUUCUCGAACUUACAGAUUCAGACUUUUCCACGGUAAUAGGUCAGCAUGAUACCGCUCUAGUCAUGUUUUACGCUCCUUGGUGCGGUCACUGUAAAAGAUUGAAACCGGAAUAUGCUGUGGCUGCCGGCAUUCUCAAAAAUGAUGAUACGCCAGUAGCCCUCGCCAAAGUGGACUGUACAGAAGCCGGGAAAAGCACUUGCGAGAAGUUCUCUGUGUCAGGAUACCCUACUCUGAAAAUAUUCAGGAAGGGUGAACUAUCACAAGAGUAUAAUGGCCCCAGAGAGUCUAAUGGCAUUGUCAAGUACAUGCGUGCACAAGUUGGUCCCAGCUCCAGGGAACUAAAGACUGUUGCUGAAUAUGAAGCCUUUGUGGGCAAAGAUGAUGUUGUUGUAAUUGGUUUCUUCGAGAAGGAAACAGAUCUCAAAGGAGAGUUCCUUAAGACAGCAGAUAAAAUGCGUGAAGAAAUCACUUUUGGACAUUCCAUUGUUAAGGAUGUGUUGGCGAAAGCUGGUUACAAGGACAAUGUGGUCCUGUACCGUCCCAAGCGGCUCCAGAACAAGUUCGAAGACUCGUUUGUCGUAUACAGCGGCGAACCUGAGACAUACUCGCUCAAAGCUUUCAUCAAGGAGAACUACCACGGUCUGGUCGGCAUCCGCCAAAAAGACAAUAUCCCAGACUUCGGCAAUCCUCUGGUUGUUGCGUACUACGACGUGGACUAUGUCAAGAACCCGAAAGGCACCAACUACUGGAGGAACCGCGUGCUCAAGGUUGCGAAAGAGUUGUCCGAGGUUAACUUCGCUGUGAGCGACAAGGACGACUUCACGCACGAGCUGAACGAGUAUGGCAUCGACUUCGCCAAGGGUGACAAGCCGGUGGUCGCUGGACGCGACGCGGACGGAAACAAAUUCGUCAUGACUGAAGAAUUCAGUAUUGAAAACCUAGUGGCAUUCACCAAGGAUAUGCUGGAUGGCAAGCUGGAACCAUUCAUCAAAUCUGAACCAGUGCCUGAAAAUAACGACGGACCAGUGAAGGUGGCAGUUGGCAAGAACUUCAAGGAGCUCGUGACUGAUAGCGGCAGGGAUGCGCUGGUCGAAUUCUACGCGCCCUGGUGUGGACACUGCCAGAAAUUAGCACCUGUUUGGGAAGAACUCGGCACCAAGCUCAAAAACGAGGAUGUGGACAUUAUAAAGAUCGACGCGACCGCCAACGACUGGCCCAAGUCGCAAUUCGACGUGUCCGGUUUCCCGACCAUCUACUGGAAGCCGAAAGAAAAAUCUAAGAAGCCAGUCAGAUACAAUGGUGGCAGAGCUCUUGAAGACUUCAUCAAGUAUGUGUCAGAGCAGGCUUCCAGUGAGCUCAGGGGCUGGGAUAGAAAGGGCAAUGCCAAGAAAGAAGAACUGUAAACAUAAUGUUGUGAUGUAAUACUUUCCAUGAAAGAUCUGUGAGUGAAUGGAUAGAAUGUCUAGUGGUAUGAUUGUCUUAACAAAUCACAAAUUACAACUAACUUAGUGUGUCAUACAUUUUGUAUUUGUGGUCACACUUAAUUAUGAAUUGCUAUUAUUCAUAACAAAUGUAUGUACAUACCAAGUUAGGUUAGUUUUAACUUAGAUUUGUCUAAAUACAGUAAUUUGAAUGCAUUUCUUACGUAAUGUCAGUGGGAUAUUAAAUAAAUUAGGUUGUAUUUAUAA